UUCUUGACAAGUCUUCAAAGCUUCACCACUCACCGCUCAUGCCAAAAUGACCAUGCUGCUCACUGUGAACACAGUGGUUUAUCCUGAUGUUGAAUAUGCCAACACUGAAACUGCAUUCCUGCAGCUGCUAAUUGUUAUGGUCUGCUUUACUGGACCUCCUAUCAAAAUCUCUGCAUCUAUUUCCAAGGAAUACAAGGGGAUUACCUUGCCAGUCAUUCACACAAAGGCAUGGAGUGCUCACCAAUCUGACAUCGAUCAAGAAGAUUCUGCUGGGGAUUUCCCAAUCCCAUUCUUACCUCUGGCCCCUAUGUUUGACCCCAUGGAUACCUGUCACUGGGCCACACUGUCAAAAGACAUCAAAUGGUGGCUUGUGAAUGAUGUACAGAUGACAUCCAUUCCCCAGUGGGCUUGUGGUCAUGAUGCCUUCUGGCUUGCAUACAUUGCUGCUCAUCCAACAUUUCCCAAUGGAAGUUGGUCUGUGUGGGAUCCAAGGAUCCCCAUGGAGGGACAGUUCAUUGAAGAAUGGCUCAAUGAUGAUGGGAUUAAUGGUAGCACUGAUGGGAUGUCCAGCAAUGAAACAACUGAGCACACACUAUUGUUCAACAUCUGGGAAUCCUUCAGUAGACACAUUGCACUUUUCUAUCCCUUCAUCUUGAUUCCUGUCAGUUGAGCUUCCUGCAAUGUAUGCCAUCUUGUUCUGUUAUUCCUUUACACUCCAUCUGUAUAUACAGUAGCAACUGUUAACAUUCUGCUGCAUUGUAUGACUUGUAUGCAAUAUGCUAUUGAAUGACUUCUCAGAA